AUGCAUCUUGCUCUUUCCUCGUUCCUGAAUCGUCUUGUGUCAAACUCGGGUCGACAAAUCGCACGCCGCAGCCUAAAUGUUGCCGCAAGGCCCAGCGAUCUGGUUGGAAAGACACCGCUUCUCGAUUUAACUCCAUAUAUGAAGAAGAAGGGUGUUACCAACAAUUCGAAAUUGUACGGCAAGAUGGAAAGUCUCGGUCCUUGUUCUUCUGUGAAAGAUCGUCUUGGUCGCUCCAUGAUUGACGAUGCAGAGGAAAAAGGAUUGAUAACCCCAGGAAAGACGACCCUUGUAGAACCAACAUCCGGCAAUACUGGUAUUGCACUUGCGUUUAUUGCGCGUGAGAGAGGGUAUGGAUGCAUCUUGACCAUGCCUGAAACGAUGAGUAUCGAAAGACGAAUGAUGUUGCUGUCCCUCGGUUGCGAGGUCGUUCUUACACCAAAAGAAAAGGCUGUGAGUGGAGCGAUUGCAAAGGCGCAAGAAAUCAAGGAUCAAAUGGGAGACGAUGCGAUCAUUCUUCAACAAUUUCAAAAUCCGGCAAACCCAAAGGUGCAUCGCGAGACCACUGGACCAGAGAUUUGGAAUGAUACCGAUGGUGAACUCGAUCUUUUUUUUAGUGGCGUUGGAACCGGAGGCACAGUGACUGGAGUCUCACAGUAUAUCAAGGGGUGCCCUGAAUUCGAUCUACCUGCACUAAAGCCAGGUUUGCAAACUAUUGCAGUGGAACCCGAAGAGCAGAUGCUUCUUACGGAAGCAAAGGGAGGCGAAAAGCGCGGAGAGCAAGGCCCCCAUAAGAUUCAAGGUAUGGGUGCCGGUAUUAUUCCAGGCACCAUCGACUUGGAUUAUAUUGAUGAGAUCGUUGCUGUCCAUUCGGAUGCAGCAAUGGAGACUUGCACCGAACUUUGGUUGGAAGGUAUUCCUGUAGGAAUCUCAUCAGGUGCUAUUGUCAACGCUGCUGUGGAAGUGUGUAAGCGACCAGAAAACGCUGGAAAGCUUGGAGUCUGCAUCAUCCCAUCUUUUGGAGAGCGCUACUUUACGCACCCAAUGUUUGAACCAAUGAAAGCCAAGGCCGAAGGCUUGCAGAAACAACCUUUACCUGAACCUUUUGACAAUACCGAGUUUGGAUUCGCCACCGCAAGGGGUUAA